GUUAAAAAGAAUUUUAAAAUUAACAGAGUGUUACUUUUCACAUAUGACAUAUGGACCAGAAUUUUGUCCAGUAAAUUGAAGUCCAUUAAAUCAGGUUCACAAAAUUGAGGGGAUGACUGGAAACUUAGCAAGCCAAAAUUAAAUGAACAAUGGUAGUCAUUAGCUUUUUUAGCAAGUGUUUAGCAGCUAACAUUUUAUUGAAUUUCAAGUCUUUGAAUACUAUUACCAUGUUUACUGAACAAUUUGUGACAUCACAUGCAAAAAUAGGGUUACCAAGACUCAUUGUGGGUAUCUAAAUUUGAGUUCAUUAAAAUAAAAUGUACUUUCUCAGUCACAUUAAGCACAUUGCAAGUGCUAAGUAAUCACACGGAACUACUGGCUACCAAAUGGGACAGUGCAGAUAGAAUAUGCCCAUCAUUGCAGAAAGCUCUAUCAAAUAGAUUUGGUCUAGAAUGCUGGACUGUCAAUAUUAAAACCAUGUCAAAGGUUUUAUUCCCUUAAAGGUGAACCCAUGUAAAGAACAGUAAAGAUAAUAGAGCCAGAGUACAAAUUAGGUGAUGAUUUGCCAAUCACCUAAAAUGAUAUGUUGAGUCAUUUCAAGCAAUGUGGAUCUAAUUGCUUGGUGGCAUUUUUUUUUUUUUUAAGGCAUAGUACAGUUCUUUCCCCAACCAGAGCCUGCAAUUUGUCCCAGGUUCAGGGUACAGAUGUAAAAAAGCAAAGUCUCAAACAACAUCAAUCACUGCUAACUAGUGGUCAGACUACAUCCAACUAGGGGGAAAUUACUGACUCAAUAGCAGGCAUCCAUAUGGAAUGGUAAAGUAGGAUACUUUUGUAAAGGUUUAUCUGAAACAGGACUGCAAAGGUAAAACAACAUUUAACAAAAGCUAGAGAUAGUACAUUUGCAGAGAAUCACAGAUGGUUCAUGUUGAUUCUUACAUAAGGUACACAAAAUUUAAACACAGUUUGGCUUUAUUGAGGAAAUCUGGUUGGUUGGGGAAGAAACACAAAUAUGAUCACAAGUGUUGACCUCCGCACUCAAAUUCUAUCUCAGUGGCCUUAGAAUGAGAGAACUUCAAACCAUGUAUUGGAAAUAUAGAGGGUUUUCUUCCAGAUACAAUGCUGAAGAUAUACAGUGCUGGGUAAUGUACAUCCUAAGAGAGGGCGACUUGGAAAGCCCUAGCAGAACCCAAUUUCUAUCCCACAUCUUAAAGGGGAGGAGCCAUUUAUUGGCAAAGACUGAUCCCCUUUAUAGAAUUUAAUCGUUUGCUUUUUCCCUUUCUCUUCUUUUUUCCUCUAUUCUGACUCAUUCACACCAAUAUUUGAGUGGAUGUAAGAUUCUCCCAUCUUUGAAAAACCGUCAGUCACACUUUUACCUCUACCCACUAUAUGAUUUACCCAACAUCACCAAACUCCAAGGGUUCCCCAAAUUGUCUUCACUUCAAAAGCCAUCCACAACUCAACUUCACUAAAACUUCCAGAGUCAACAAUGGCUUUUUUGCAAACUAUUAGUCUCCAUGUGUUUGGAAUUUUUUUUCACUCCUUUUAACUAACAUUUCAAAUUAACGACUUUAUUCGCCUUUAAAAAGCAGCCUUCUCUUAAACUUCUCUGACACCACACUCACCCCGUUUUCCUCCUGUUUUUCUGGUCAUUCCUUAGUCUUUGUGGGUUCUUCCUCUGGCUAUCUCCAGGCCCUUGUUCCUGAGCUUGCACCAGGUGGGUGACUUCAUGCACUCUCUGUGCUUCAAAUGCACAUCUGUAUUCUGAUGAUUUAUUUUUCUGUGGUUCCAGCAUAGAUCUUUCUUCUGAAUUCCAGAAACACACCUAGUCGGCAUCUCCUCUUGGGUGUUCAAAAUGGCACCUCAAAUUACCUUGUCCUGAUCUGAAGGUAUCUUCUUUCCCCAGAUUUUAUCCUACAUGCCUUAUCUUAGCAAAUGUUGCUACCAUCUACCUAGUUCCACAAACCUGAAGCCUGGAUGUCUGUCUUUCUUGAAUCUUCUAAUUCCCUCAUCCUCUGCAUCUAAACAUCACCAAGUUAUUCAGGUUUCACUAAUUGUUUAUCAAGUGUUAGCAGGUUCCACCGUACCUACCUACUGACAGCAUUCUACUAUAAGCCACUGUAAUUUCCAAUCUAGAUUAUUGAACCAGCCUCCUAUUAUAUUCCCCACGGUGAAGCCUCUACAUUUUUCAAGUGUUCUCUGAAUGAACUCAAUCUGAUUCCCUCCCAUCCUUUGUCUCAGGAUAGCUGCCAUAGUUUACAAGUCUAUUCUAGCAGUGUCUUUAGAUUUCUACUCCUUGUUCCCCAAGUGGCUUCCAUACUUUUAUUUCCCUGCAUAGCCCAUUCUUACUCUUGCAUUUGCAGCCUUGACAACCUGUUCUACCUUUUACCACAACAAGUGUCACCCCAUUUCACCUAGCUAAUGUGUACUCAUCCUUAAGGUCUUGUUUGGACAUCAUUUCCUUCUGGAAACUUCUCUUGACAACCCUCUCCUUCAAAACCAGUUAGGUACCAGUCUUAUGUGCCCUCAUAAUGUUUUCCCCAUCAAUGCACAUUCACACUGUUUACUAGUUUGUAUCUCUCAGUGGCCAGCAGUCUACUCAAGAGCAGGUAUGCCUUUUUCACUAUUAAUCCUCUGUUAUGCAGGUGUGCAAUAAAUGUUCCUUUGAAUAAUUGUAUUGCUCAUGCCUUUUUAUUUUACUUUCUCAUGUUUUGACACCUGGACUCUUGGGAGAGUGCCUUUCAAUUGUUAGCCUAUAUCCUCCAACCACCUUCUUUACCAAACUUUCACAAGCCAGGCAACAUUCCUCUGCCCUAAUGACUCCAGGGCCAGGUACCAAACAAACCUGCACAGCCUCUAUAUCCCCAAACCCGCUGAAAUUAUGCAAAUUCGCCAAUCAUAAAUUCGCCCUGUCUCUCCCAUUCCUUCCUGCAAAAACCACAAUCAUGUCUCUUACCCAUGCUUUCCCCUGGCUCCCUCUGCCUCCUGACCCACCCUGGUGCUUCCCGAUGUGGGCUUAAACUGCUUGCAGUUUAGAAUUGAUUUGAUAUGAAAAGUCUUGUGCAUUUAUCAAGAACUGCCAAGAUAAGGGGCGGAAAGAAAACUGUGUUAGGGUGGUGGGUAUAUGGGUUUUUCCGGAUUUCUAUAACAACAUGAACUAGCACACGUUAAUGCCCACCGUGAAACAAAAGCCUCGGCGAAAAUGGGGCUGGAAGAGCGGAAGUAACAACUUGGUUCUCAGCCGCAUCUCCCCGCUCCAGUGGGCCCUUUGAUGCUGGGCUGGCUUUGCGCAGCCGCACUUCGUUAGACGCGGAACCCUUGUGAGUGGUUUCAACGUUUUCCAGUCGGCAGUGAAAGCACACUUCCGGCCUUCACGGAAGUUGUUGCACAGUCGUUUCCGAGGCGGUGUGAGGUAGAGGAGCCUUCCAAAUGGGUCGUAGCCGCUCCCGAUCUCCGAGGCGGGAACGCAGGCGAUCCCGGUCCACUUCGCGCGAGAGAGAACGCAGGCGCCGGGAAAGGUCUCGGUCCAGGGAGAGAGAUCGGAGAAGGAGCCGCUCUCGAUCCCCGCACAGAAGACGCUCCAGAUCCCCAAGACGACAUAGAUCCACAUCUCCUUCUCCUUCUCGACUGAAAGAAAGAAGAGAUGAGGAAAAGAAAGAAACAAAGAGCAAAGAACGUCAGAUAACUGAGGAAGACUUAGAGGGAAAAACAGAAGAAGAAAUAGAAAUGAUGAAGAUAAUGGGAUUUGCCUCCUUUGACUCAACAAAAAAAAGUGCUGCUGAAAGUUAUCGUAUACUUUGGGAAGCUUAUGGUGAACAUGCUCCAUCUCAAGAUACUUGUUCUUGGGAGGUCAAAAUCCUGCACCUCAAGGAAAAAAGUUGGAUGGUUCUGUAAAUGCCUAUGCCAUAAAUGUGUCUCAGAAGAGGAAGUACAGGCAGUACAUGAAUCGCAAAGGUGGAUUCAACAGACCUUUGGAUUUCAUUGCGUGAGAAUUGAAAUGUUGAAGAAUGAUUUUCCCCCCCCUCAUGAUCAGAAGAGUGGAUUUUGUAUUUUGUAUUUCAUAUGCAUCAAAACAGGACAGGAUCACAGCCCUUCCUCCUUGUAAAGUAAGAAAAUUUUACCUUUGCUGUGUGCAGUUCACUUACCUUGCCUCAAAAGAAGAAAUGUUAAAUAUUACAUUUUUUUCUUUUAGGAAGUAUCAUUUGGGGCAAUCAUCAACCCCAUUUUUUGUCUUAUUCCUGUGGAAGCUGUAUAUGUUUUCUUCUUGGAUGCUCGUUAGGACUUUUUAAAACACAUAAAAAAGUAAUUUGGAUGUAAGUGUCUCAAAUAAAGCAAUUAUUUCUACC